AUGUGGAAGCCAGCUACCCGCCAGAUAACUGGAACAAAUGAUGUGCCUUUGGGCCAGCGGCGCCGUUUUGGCCCAGCACCAACAGAGGAAGCAGCCCCGCCUCAACUUGCGCAACCUUCUCCAUCUGCGUACCCUAGACCGCAACAUCAGGACAACAGCCCAGGAAAAAGAGGACGCGACGAGUCUCCCACCUCUAGUGACCCAAAGGUUGAUCCUAACGCCCCACGCAAACGACGCAGUCGAUGGGGUGAAGCCAAAACAGAAAUUCCCGGUCUACCUACUGCCAUUUCUGCAGCGGGCGUUUCUCAAGCCCAACUUGACAACUAUGCUAUUCACCUUAGGUUAGAGGAAAUAAAUCGCAAACUACGCAUGAAUGACUUCAUUCCUCCGGAGCGUGAAAGAUCGCAAUCCCCUCCGCCCACUUACGAUGCCCAUGGUCGCCGUACCAACACCCGCGAGGUGCGAUAUCGCAAAAAACUGGAAGACGAGCGUAUUAGACUCGUCGAUCGCGCCAUGAAAAAUGAUCCCAACUUCCGCCCUCCUGUCGAAUAUCAUCAACAAAAGCGCUCUCAGCGACCUUCCGAGAAGGUGUACAUACCUGUCAAGGAGUUCCCUGAAAUCAACUUCUUUGGUUUGCUCGUCGGUCCCCGUGGUAACAGCUUGAAGAAGAUGGAAAGAGAGAGUGGUGCGAAGAUUAGCAUCCGAGGGAAGGGCAGUGUGAAGGAGGGCAAGGCCAGGCCGGAUCAAUAUGCUGAUGACGCGGAAGAAGACCUCCAUUGCCUUGUCAUUGGCGAUUCAGAGGACAAGGUAGCUACGUGCGUCAAGAUGAUCAAUCGAGUUAUUGAGACGGCUGCUUCCACUCCCGAAGGGCAGAAUGACCAUAAGCGCAACCAGCUUCGCGAACUGGCCGCCCUCAACGGUACUCUUCGGGAUGACGAGAACCAGAUCUGCCAGAACUGCGGUGGUGUUGGUCAUCGUAAAUAUGACUGCCCCGAACAGCGCAACUUCACUGCAAACAUUAUAUGUCGUGUCUGUGGAAGCGCUGGGCAUAUGGCGCGCGAUUGUACAGUCAACAAGGAUCCGAAUGCGCCUCCGAUGGGUAGUCCUAGCCAGGCCAUGGCCGUCAACAGGGGCGGGUUUGAUUCGGAGUACGCCAGCCUUAUGGCUGAGCUCGGGGAGUCGGGAGGGGACUCAAACAAGUCACACUGGGCAGGACCAAGCACGGGCCAUGACAUCACAGGUGGAGGCUCUAACAUUCCGCCAUGGCGCCGUCCAGAAGUUUGGCAGACGCCCGCACUUACUCAGCCACAACAAGGAUAUCGACCUCCUCCCCCUGGUUAUGGAGGAUAUGGUGGUGGUGGAUAUGGCGCCCAAGCGUGGGCGGGGGCAGGAUACACUCCCACUGCAGGAUACAGUGCUCAAGGCCAAGAUUACUCUGCUAAUUAUGCAUCAUACUAUCAAGGCCAAUACGCUCAGCAACAGACCAGCUAA